AUGGAGAAACAGCACGGAUCUGGGGCAGGGGCUCAUUUGGGCAUGUCCAACGAGACCGAGGCCGAUGCGUUGAUUGAAAGAUACGCGUCAGUGUUGGAUCCUAGUCUUAUUUUAGCCAUCGCGAAUGAGCCUGGACAGUCGACAGAUGAAGCAUCUAAAAUUUUGGAUGCGCUGGUAGAAACAGUACCGCCCGAAUGUGUGCAGGAGAAGCCUGUGUCUGCUGAGCUCACCCUGUUAUUUCUUCAGCAAAGCUUUCCGCAUGUGGCAUAUGAAAAACUCGAGACACUGCUUAUUUCGAGUGACGGAGAUAUUGACAUGGUAAUCGACAAAUUAUAUGCUGAGGAUAUGUUGGCCCAGGAACCAACGAUGCCUGUACCAAAAGGCCUGGAUUAUGAUGCUCUGGCUGAGGGUUUAGCUAGCAAGAAAUCCAAACCUUCCAACAAAUUCAAGAAGCGCACCACAGGACCUAUUACCGUGAGUCUGACUGACCAGCGCAGUCCUCAUCACAUUUACUACGACAAACGCGUGCCGCGACCUGCAUCCAAGCUGCCAGACACGUCGGUGGACACGUUUGGACUCACAGAUGAAGAAAUGGCACGCAAGCUACAGAAUGCAGAGCGGGAUGCGGCUGAUGCUGCGUCAGAGCCUGUAGCUGACCAGCAAUGGCUUCUAGCGUCUUCUUCGCUGUCUCAAUUGGCCGCCUUGCUCGGCAUGUCGCCAGCACGCAUCCAAAGCCUAUUCCAUCAGUCUUCCUUUAAUUUGCACUUGACUUUUGGUCGUGCAGUGGAAGCAGCGAUGAUAAGCCCACAAGCGCAAGAAGCAGUGCAGGCGCCUGAAUUUGCUACCACAUGCGCUUCGCUCGCCAGCAUUACCGAGGAGACGGAGAGAGAGAUCGCGCGACUUUUGCAAGCGGCGCAAGGGCAUCAAGACGCUGUGCUUGAUUUGCUCCAGCUGCGCAACGUUAUCCGUGAAGCAGCAGAUGGCCUCGUGGAUGGCCCUGACAUUCUUGACCCUGCCGGUCGCAUCGGAACACACAGGGACAAUGCGGAACGAGUCACAUCCACACAGUCUGUUCACAAGCCUGUCACGGGUUCCGUGCCGCAUUGGCUCCCGAGUGGUGAUGCAGCGUUCACGUACGCAGGUCGUGCGUCGCGAGCAGGAGUAUCGCGCGCAGAAGCACAUCAACCUGGUGGUAUUACUCUUCCCGCCUCGGCAGGCCGUGUGGCCAUGGCACCAGCAUGGCAAGAUGAGAUGGAUGACCGUGUCUACUCGAGCGAAGAUUGUCGUGAACGCGCCGCUGAGUACCGUGCGCGAAGAAACGAGGCGCUGCAGCAAGCUGCGCGGAGUGCACAACAAUCGCGCACGUCUCGGAUGGGAGGUGCGGCUAUGGUAUACGCAGAGGAGGCGCGCAAGUACGACAUGGAGGCACGACGAUGGCAAUUGCGGGCGUCGAGCGCGCUGGUGGACCAACGGCGUCUGGAUGCACAGAGCAGUGGGCAUGACAGCAGAGCCGCGGAUCGUAUUGACUUGCAUGGUCUGACCGUGCACGAGGCCCUGACCGUGGUGGCACAGCAUGUGGCACGAUGGCAGUCUACGCCAUUAGGCGAAGCGCGCUCCAGGCCACCGCUCGAAAUCAUCACGGGCCGAGGUGUGCACAGUCGACACAGUGUGUCGGUGAUUCGCCCGGCGAUCGAGCGCUAUCUUCGCCAGCGCGGCUUUCGAGUCGACACGGUAUCCAAUGCAGGUGCGUUGUAUGUCAAGGCACCCACAGCCACAUGA